GGAGCUAACAGGAAGUGAAAAGUAUCUCCUUCUGUAGUCGGGGCAAGGCUGGGGUUGUUUUAGUAGGAUCAGGCGCAGGGAAAGAGAGACGAGAGUCCCGAUCGCUUUAAUGCCGGAGUGAUCGGCGGAAGAAAGCGCGUUGAACUCGGGUUUCUUUCGGUGUGAUAACUGGAGAUGGAGGAAGCUGUUGAACUGAGGCAAAGAAAGAAUCCAAGCUGUACUGAAGUUGAAGAAAAAACUCUCAAAGAAAACAACGACAAAGACAAACAACCCAAACGAUCCCUAAAAUAUGUCUUAAUUCCACAUUUUACAAAGCUUUUCUUUGGCUGCAUUACAGCAAUCAUAAGUGGAAUGAUGUAUGCCAUAUACCUUUCAACAUACCAUGAACGCAAAUUCUGGUUUUCUGGUAGGCCGGAACUUGAACGAGAAAUCACAUUUCAGGGUGACAGUGCCAUUUACUAUUCAUUUUACAAAGAACUGUUAAAAGCCUCCUCUUUUAAAAAAGGCAUUCAUCAGCUUAUUCAUGACAACAGGACCCUGUCACUAAAAACAAUGAAUACUGUACAACAGAUGAUUUUGUAUCCGGAAUUGAUCGCCAGCGUUUUAUAUCAGGCAUCCGGCAGUGAAGAAGUUAUUGAGCCAGUCUAUUUUUACAUUGGCAUAGUAUUUGGGCUACAGGGCAUCUAUGUGGCCGCACUGUUCGUAACCAGCUGGCUUAUGAGUGGGACUUGGCUAGCAGGGAUGCUGACUGUUGCCUGGUUCAUUAUUAACAGAGCGGACACAACAAAAAUAGAUUAUUCAAUCCCUGCUAGGGAGAACUGGGCUUUGCCAUAUUUUGCUUGUCAAGUUGCAGCUCUAACAGGCUAUUUAAAGAAUAAUAUAAACUCCUCUGCUGAGAAAUUUUGCUACCUGCUGGUCAGUGCUUCAACAUACACUUUUAUGAUGAUGUGGGAAUACAGUCAUUAUCUAUUGUUUAUCCAAGCGGUCUCUCUUUUUCUGCUUGAUGUCAUAGGGUUCACACAGACAGAGAAGGUGCAUGAAAUAUAUAAAAUCUACCUGUUUUCCCUCUUCUUGGGAUAUGUGUUACAAUUUGAGAAUCCAGCUUUAUUAGUAUCUCCAUUAUUAAGCCUUGCUGCCACAGCCUUGCCUGCAAAAUACCUUCAGAUGAAUAUGAAAAAGGGAACUCUUCUUUCAAGGAUGCCGAAAGUCAUCUAUUUUUAUUUGGUAUUCACGGUCACAGUGACUUUGAAUCUUACAAUGAAGACAUUUAUUUCCCAUAAAGAAAAUGAGCAUGUAAUUAAAGUCCUUGAAGCAAAAUUGGGAUUGAAUACAAAUAAGAACUUCACAGUUAAUUGGCUGCUUUGUCAAGAGUCACUUCAGACACCAUCCCAAGAUUUCUUCUUGAGGCUCACUCAUUCUUCGCUACUGCCAUUCUACAUUUUGGUGCUAAUUAUUUGCCUUGCUUCUGUGGGUCAGGCUUCCUUUAGGAGAAUGGGCAAUAAACAAGUCAACGAUCCAACCACACAUGAGGGCAGGAUUGGUGAAAGACCAGAAGUAGCCUACCAUAUAUUGCACACAGUUACCUUGGGGCUGCUUUCUAUGAUGAUGGAAGGAAUGAAAUAUGUGUGGACUCCGUAUGUUUGUAUGAUUGCGGCAUUUGGAGUCUGUUCUCCUGAGCUUUGGAUGACUCUUUUCAAGUGGAUCCGACUGAAAACUGUGCAUCCUGUUCUGCUGGCUCUCAUUCUGAGUAUGGCUGUUCCAGCUAUUAUAGGGUUUAGUUUGUGGAAAGAGUUUUUUCCUAGGAUAAUGACGGAACUCUCAGAGCUCCAAGAAUUUUAUGAUCCUGAUACAGUAGGACUCAUGACCUGGAUUAAAGGACAGGCUCCUAUUGCUGCUGUCUUUGCUGGAAGUCCACAAUUAAUGGGUGCAAUCAGACUGUGCACUGGCUGGAUGGUGACAAAUCUACCCCUGUAUAAUGAUGAUGACCUGCAAAAGAGAAAUGAAAAUAUUUUUCAGAUCUAUUCCAAAAGAUCAGCUGAGGAUAUUUACAAAAUACUCACAUCCUACAAAGCUACGUAUCUGGUCAUAGAAGAUUCAAUUUGCAAUGAAGUUGGACCAGUGAGAGGAUGCAGGGUUAAAGACUUACUAGAUAUUGCCAAUGGUCAUGUUUAUUAUGAAGAAAAUGACAGCUCUGGCUACUCAAAAUAUGGGCGGUUUUGUCAGGAGAUCAAAAUGAACUAUUCGCCAUAUGUGAAUUACUUCACACGCGUAUACUGGAAUAAGUCUUACUUGGUAUAUAAAAUCAAUUCUAUAAUAUCUUUCCAAUCCUGAGAAAUUUGCAGCUUAUCCUUUGAAGAUGGACUUUGCAGAAUUUUUAAAAAGGCUAAGGUUAUCAACAAACCUUUUUUCUAUUGCAUAUAAAUUGCAGAUGCACACAAAGGCAUUAUCACUGACUACAUGCAAAUUGCUUAGUGUAUCCUGCAUGACUACUGCAGAUUAAAUGGUACAACAAGAGAGAGAGAGAGAUGCUCCAGAACUAUAGAAGAUACAACUGUCUUCCAAGAAUUAAAAGGCAUCUUUCCAGCUUUUCAACUUUAAUAACCUCAUUUUUAACAUCAAUUUGGUUUCAGUUUCAUAGCAAUUACUUUUUCAGUUAUAUUUAUUUAUGUUGGCAAGUACAAAAAAAAGGGAAAAGAGAAUUUGCUGGAUGUUAUUCUCCAGUUAUAUACAUAUAUUUGGGUUUGGAAGUGGGUUGGAUAGGGAAUGUUCUGCCAUUUUCACUGUUUGGAAAUCCCAUUAUAUUCCUGGUAUUUGUUAUAACGGAAAAAGUAGGGAAACAAGUGGCUGACAAUGAUAAGAGACAGACUGAGGAAUAAGGCUGUGCAGACUAAGCUGUUGGCGGAGAGCAAUUCCCUAAUUGGGGCUGUCUUUUCUAUUAUUAUUUUUGGUAGAGCAUUAUUAUACUCUUAUGUUUGGUGAAAGGUUUGGUUUAGGUACCCAGUCAAUAAUAGUAUUCUAAAUAAGUUGAAUUAAAUAAGAAAGAUUUCCUUUCAGUUCUGUAAAUCAUAUAUUUUAGGCACUCUUAUAUUCUAUCUAAAAAGGUAAUGAAUCAACAUAAAAUGUAGCCCUUUAAUAAGAAAAGGUUGAAAAUUCAUAUUCUAGAAGUUUAGCUUCAAGUACUUGCCAAUUUGUGGGAUUUUUCUGUUAGGUGCUUAUAUUUUUGUGUAAUUAUUGGCAUUCCAUAAUUCUGUCCUAGUCAUUACCAGGACAAAUUAUUCAUUGUGGCUUAAUAAGAGUAUUCCGCCCAUUUGCUCUUCUAAGCCAAAAUAAAAGAUCAGAUUUAGUUUAUGGAUAUUGAUAUAUUUUGGUAGCUACAGUUAAAUUUUGUUUCUUCCUUAUUUCUUCAUCCAUUUGAUUGGUGGAGCAAGGAAAACAUAUUUACAUAUUCAUUUUUGUUGUAUUUUUAAAUUAAAUUUGGAUUUCCGGCUUGACAUCCGAAUGUGGCAAUUAUCUGGUUAAAAUAUUUCUACAAAAUGAAGUCUAAAUUAAACUAUUGAUCAAGCUAAUAAUGUAAGUUGGUUUACUUUCAUAAAAUAAAAGUUUUUUAUUAUAUUUUAGUACAACUUUGCUCUUUACACCUUUUUUAUUUUUAAACUUUGUUUUCUGUUUUUUUCUCUGCAUUAUUCCUGAUCUUGAAUUAAAAAGAGUUAAGUGUAUGCCCUGAAAAUGAAAAAGUAUUUUAUCCCAAAAUUAUUUUUUUCCUGACUUUAAUAUUAUAAAAUACUUAACUAAGUAGCCAGAGGGGAAAAAAAUACUUUGAGAAUAUUUUAUCAUUAUCUUGUUGUAUAGCAUUUUUAAGGGAAGCUAAUCAAUGCUGCCUUUUUUGUGCAAGUCAAAGCUACUUGAACAUAAGAAUUUGAAAAUGUAAUUGUUUUAUUUUACAUUUAAUUGAGCUUGGAGAUCUCCUGCCAGGGAUGUCCAUACCAGAGGCUGAAAAAGUCAAGAUGGUGCCAACAACCAUGCAUUCAAAGCCCUGUCCUUUUUUUAUAUGUGCAUUAGUGCAUGCAGUGCUUUUUUUCUAAAAAAAAAAAGGUGCCGGAACUCACACACAUCAUACAACCCGCCUUGCCUACCCUACAAGGUUCCAUCCAAAAAAGGUGCCGGAACUCUGUUCUGGGCGUUCUAUGAGAAAAAAAGCCCUGAGUGCAUGUAAAAAAGGGUAGGGCUUUGGUCUCAUAGUUGUGAUGCCAGCUCCCUUCAGCUAUCCCUGCCUGCUGCCACAAAAAACCCCACUCCAAAUCAGCUGGAUGUGAGUGCAAUCCAGCUGUGACAUCUCUGACCCCAUUGAUCAACCCCUGGGCUGAUUUGCCUGAUCUGAUUGCCUAGACCAGGGGUAGGCAACCUCGGAUCUUUUAUGAUUCAUGGACUUCAACUCCCAGAAUUCCUGACUAGGCAGUGUCCCCUUCAUCCUUCACCGUGCCAUGUGCAUGCCUCCUAAAGCUGUGCACUCCAGAGAAGAGGACAGCCUUCUCAGACAGAAGCCUAUCAGUCUUGGUGUAAUCCAAAUCACUUCACAGAACCUGUUGUAAUCUGUGGGGUUUGAUUAAAAUUAUCUUAAAAGGGACUAAAAUCUGAAAUGCAUUGAUUUUUGAAAUGUAUGUAAUUUUCUUUAAUAUUACAGUUAUUUAUUUCUGUACAAGUUUAUGUCUCUGCCCUUCUAUGUUGCAGCAGAAAGUUGCUUUGAAUAAUUUCUAAGAAAAAUUAACUUUGCAGUACUACUGCUAACAGUGUUGCUGUGACAUUUAAGGGAGAGAUGAGAAAUAGUGUUCUUAAAUGCUCUACUCUGUUUUUAGGGAGUUGUCUUUCAUUUUUUGUUAUUCCUUCAAGGAUUUGGAAAAUAAUGAGAUUGUGGAAUCAUGUGAGCAUGACAUCAAGUAUGUAUUCCCCACACUUACUUACUAUAGUACAAAAGGAAAAAUAAUUAUAGCUGUUGAAAACACGUAUUCAAAGACCUAAAUCUUGGCUGUCAGUAUUGCAAUGCUGUUGGAGAAUGUGCCUUGUAAACUUCUCUUUUUUAAAAAUGCAAAACUUAAACCUU